AUGGCCCAAGGAAGCCCGCAAGUUGACUUUCAGGUUUUAAAUGACCUGCGGCAAAAAUUCCCUGAAGUGCCUGAAGUUGUUGUUUCUCGAUGCAUGCAGCAGGUCUGUGUUUUAGAGAUAACUGACAUGUAGAAAUGUUUUUUUUUUUAAAUAUAUUUAUUUUUACUGAUAAAGGUACAGUCCUCAUUACAUUGAAAUGUGUGUCUAAUAGUGUUGUGUGCUGUACUGGGAUAGUUAAAGGGAAUCCAUCUAUAAUCAUUAAUCCACAACUCAUACACAGCAACCAGUAAUUUAGCACUUUUCUCCCAAGAACAUUUCAAACAAAACCAAAGAAAAGUGUGUGUAUAUACUGGCACACUGACACUGAAUUGCCAAAAGUAUGUGGACAUGAGCUUGUUGGAGAUCUCAUUCCAAUAUCAUUUGUAUUAAGUAGGAGUAUGGCCACCUUUUGCAGCUAUAACAGCUGCCACUAUUCUAAGAAGACGUUCAACAAGACUUUGGAUUAAAGGGAUACUGUAGUGCCAGGAAUACAAAGCUCCCUCCCCACCCCCCUUCCCUCGGUAAAUAAAGGGUUAAAACCCCUUUACUUACUUACCUUUUCCCAGCACUGGUUCAAAGCUCUGCCCCCUCCUCUGUCCCACGACAAGCGGGGUCUAAUGCGCAGAAUCUAGAAUGCUUUCCUAUGAGGAAAAUAUCUGACGCUGAAGGUAAUCAUGCAGAGUGCGAGGACCUCCAUCAUCUGAUACCGUACCAAAGGUCCCUUUCAAUUCAGGAAGCCCUCUAGGGCGGACUUAGCGCUGCAAUGUUAACAAUGCAUUUUCUAUGGAACUGCAAUGUUUUGCAAAGUGCAAAAGGGACACUGUACCCAGACCACUCCAAUGAGCUGAAGUGGUCUAGGUGCCCACAGUGUCCCUUUAAGUCUGUUCAGCAAAAAGAGCACUUGUGAGGUCAGACACUGAUGUUGGAUGAAAAGGUCUGACUCAUUGUAAACAUCCCAAUUCAUCCAAAAAAGUUGUGUGGUUGAGGUUAGUGCAGUGUGUGUAGGGUGCUUGAGUUCCUCCACACAAGUGUCCUUGUGAUCACUAAUCAUCACGGUUUAAUAGAUAUACCCCAAAGUAAACCUGUAUGCAUUUAAAGGCACACUAUAGUCAUCAAAACAACUUUAUGAUUAAACUUCUAUCAUAAGAGGUGUCGAGCUGGACAAUAGUGGUCUUGUGAGAUGUCUUCCUGGAGCUACUGCUCACAUUGACAGGAGACGUAUUUGUAAUAUUAUAAAAAUUCGGUAUGCCUAGUGCAACACACAGGGUUGAGGGAGUCUGACUUCCAGUGGGUCGCUCAGAAUACUGGACAAAAACAGGAAUUCACCCUAUACACACCAUACAUAUUGUUGCUAUAUUUGAAGAAUUGUUGCAAGUCAUUCUAUACACAAGCCAUUAUUGGGUAGAACAGCUCCUGGACCCUUUGAACUGUACCUAGGUGCGAUUCUUUUGGACUUAUAAUUGUAUUUGUAAUAUUGUUAAGUGAGCAAAGCAGGAAGAUGAAUUGACAUGGCUUGCAAUGAGGUUUCAGAGGUAAAGGAAGUUUUUUGUGUUUUUGCCAAUGAUAUACGGCAGGUUGCUUCCACACGGUCAUUCUCUGAAGUUCUGCCUGUGCAUAAAUCAGAAGGAGGACAAAUGAGUCAUUUGUUACAUGUGAGUUUACAAAGGAAAAGGUUCGCUUUCAACUGUCAAAAGUAAAGACAAGUCAUUGGGACCUGAUGAAAUACACCCAAAGUUAUUAAAAGAGUUUAGUGGUGUACUAGCAAAACCAUUAACAGAUUUAUUUAACCAAUCAUUGUUAACAGGAGUAGUCCCAGAAGAUUGGAAGUUAGCGAAUAUUGUGCCCAUUUACAAGAAAGGUAAUAGGGAGGAGUCGGGCAACUAUAGGCCAGUAAGCCUUACUUCAGUAGUGGGGAAAGUAAUGGAAACCAUGUUAAAGGAUAGGAUUGUUGAACAUCUAAAAUCACAUGUAUUUCACGAUCAGAGACAACAUGGGUUUACUUUAGGGAGAUCAUGCCAAACUAAGCUUAUUGAUUUUUUUUUUUUGAUUUUUUUUUGAUUGGGUAACUAAAAUUAUAUAUCAGGGUGGUGCAGUAGACAUUGCUUACCUAGAUUUCGGUAAGACUUUUGACACUGUUGCACACAGAAGGCUUAUCAAUAAACUGCAAUCUUUAAGUUUGGAUUCCAAUAUUGUUGAAUGGGUAAGGCAGUGGCUGAGUGACAGGCAACAGAGGGUUGUAGUUAAUGGAAUAUAUUCGAAGCUUGGACUUGUCACCAGUGGGGUACCUCAGGGAUCUGUACUUGGACCCAUUCUCUUUAAUAUUUUUAUUAGUGAUAUUGCAGAAGGUCUUGAUGGUAAGGUAUGUCUUUUUGCUGAUGAUACUAAGAUAUAUAACAGGGUUGAUGUUCCAGGAGGGAUAAGCCAAAUGGCAAAUGAUUUAGGUAAACUAGAAAAAUUGUCAGAGUUGUGGCAACUGACAUUUAAUGUGGAUAAGUGCAAGAUAAUGCACCUUGGUCGUAAAAACCCAAGGGCAGAGUAUAGGAUAUUUGAUACCCUACUAACCUCAACAUCUGAGGAAAGGGAUUUAGGGGUAAUUAUUUUUGAUGACUUAAAGGUAGGCAGACAAUGUAAUAGAGCAGGAAAUGCUAGCAGAAUGCUUGGUUGUAUAUAACAUUGUAGUAUUUUAAUGAGAUUUGAAUAGAUGGUAAACUAUACAUCAAAGAAAGUAUUUAUUUUUUCUAGAUAUUACUACAUAUUUGACUAAAUGUUCGUAUAACUGUCAGCUGAUAUCUUAAAAGAAUGUAUCCAAACCUGAAAUAAUUUCUCUUGUGGUAGAGAUAGAUUAGCCUAGCUCGCUAUUGUAUGCAUUCUGUCAACAGAUGCAGCCUGGUGGGGGAGAACAAAAACUAAAACUAGCCUAGUCAUGUCCUCAUAAAAUUAUGUUUACACUAAAUCGCCCUUAUGUAAUUUUGCAAACCUAAUGUCACUGUCUUUUUUUUUUUUUUCUCUUUUUCAUUUAAUAGAACAACAACAACCUGGAUGCUUGCUGUGCUUUUCUAUCCCAAGAAAGUACUAAAUAUCUAUAUGGUGAAGGGGAUCUGUCUCUCUUGGAUGAUCCUAGCAUUGUGGGGCUAAGAAACCAUAUGACUUCGCUGAAUUUAAAUUUGGACUUGCAGCCACAAAAUGUGUACUGUGAUGGAAGGGAUGGAAGUAGGAUGAAUGGAAGCAGUAGGACUUUGACCCACAGCAUCAGUGAUGGACAUCUCCAGGGAGGACAGGCCAAUGAUGAGCUUUAUCAACAAGAGCCACAUACUGCACCUCCACAUCCUAACUUUAAUGUCUUUGGAAUGACCAAUACAAUUGGUUCUUCAAGCCAAGGGCAUCAGUUUGGACUUCAUGUAGGCAGUAAAAGUUCAUCAGUAUUACAAACACCCAGGUUCAGCCCUAUUAUGGUGACUUUGGCUCCAAACAUCCAGUCUAGCCGUAAUACCCCUACAUCUUUGCAUAUACAUACUGUGCCUCCACCUGUAGUGAAUAAUCCACACGGCAAUUCUAUCUAUAUUAGGCCUUAUAUUACUUCUCCAGGUGGGACAGGUCGACAGACACAACAGCAGCCAGGGUGGAUGUCUCAGAUUCCUCAGCAACAAGUCUACCAACAAUCCCAGUCAAAUCCCUGGACGUCACUUCCUUCCUCCAAUACUCCGCCACAUACCUCAUUGCAACAGUCAACGCAAUCAAGCCAGCAGGGUCACCAGACUUCCCAUGUCUACAUGCCUAUUAGUUCACCCACUACUCCUCAGGCACCAGUUCUUCAUUCAUCUGGUGGACUGUCACAACCCUCCACCCAGUACAAUAUACAGAAUAUCUCAACAGGCCCUAGGAAAAACCAAAUAGAAAUUAAACUUGAACCACCACAGAGAAGCAAUUCAUCAAUGAUGCGUUCCACUGGUUCUCGAAGCUCUACCAACCCUUCUUCCAACAGCCAUACAAGAAACCAGCCUACUGUUUACAUUGCAAGUCCUCCGAACACAGAGGAAAUGAUUGGCCGCACUCAGCCAAAGGUCUACAUUUCUGGUCCAGGUGGGGAUGACCAGGUUGUUAGGAACCAGCCUACACUUUUCAUAUCCACAAACCCUGGAUCUUCUUCCACAACACGGAAUGUUUCUGGACAAGUAAGCAUGGGCCCUGGACCUGCUUUUAUCCACCAUCAUCCACCCAAGAGCCGAGCACUAGGCAACAAUACCUCUGCCACAUCUCCACGUGUGGUAGUGACUCAGCCCAACACAAAAUAUACUUUUAAAAUAACUGUGUCACCAAACAAACCUCCUGCAGUUUCUCCAGGGGUAGUAUCCCCAACGUUUGAGCCCAAAAAUCUCCUUAACCUUACUGAUCCAUUUGAGUCAGAAGGUAUGCAUCAUCUAAAGGACCCUGUUUUACCACACGAUAGAAUCAGUGAUGCACGGAAACUAAGUGUUGGAUCAGAUGAUGCAGAAUAUACACAAGGUAACGAGUAAUUUUGUUUAAAGUCUAAAAUAUGUUCUGUUAUUCAUGCAUUUGACACAAAUAGAAUUUUGUUUGUAGAUUUUUUUUUUUUUGUCACAUUUCUCAUUUCUCUGAGUUUUCAUGUGAAACAGGUGAGAUCAGAGUCUGUCAUGUGAAUACUUUUUCUGUAAUUUGUAUAGCCCAAAAAUGUUAAUUCUUUAUUUCAUUAGUGGUAUUAAUGUCAUAUAUGUAGUUUUACUCAACCCAACACUAUAGAGUUCCUAUAUAUGGAAAUACAUCUACUUAAGUUUUUAUAAAGAAAAAAAUAUAUCAAAGUUUACAUUAACUAGUGGAGGAUAUCGUUUUAUAUGUUUAACAUUUUACUUCAGCAUUAUUUGCAGUUAUCAAUUUUUUGUAGAAGAACUCUUUAAUUGGGAAUAUACAUGCUCAGAGUGGUAGCACUUGUAACUGAAUGAUUCCAUAAAAACACAAAGCAUGAACCAAAUGUAUUUGCAAUAUCAGUCUAAAUUUCACCAUAGAAGUGUAGAAAAAUAUAGGUACUUGGGAAUGUUAAAAUUCAUUGAGAACAUGAAGGCAGAGACAAGAGUUAAACCCAGGACUGUGUAGCACCUUGAGAAAGCAGCAAGGAUAGAGAGCUCAUACUUACCUGCGCAAGGCUAUAAAAGGAAGCCACGGCUAAGACGCCUAAUAAUCUGAGGUAGACUUUCAGUAAGCAUGAAUAGCUUAAGGGGAAUUUGUAGUUCUGAAAAUAACAAUAUUUUUUUCGGGACUUUAGGUUUCAUUCUCUCCCGUUUGUCCACGGCACUUUGCUUUUAAAAAAUAAGUUUAAGAAAACAUUACCUCCUUAUCAUCAUAGAGAAGCAUUGGAUUGGAGCUUCAUAUGCGUGGCGAAACACAGCGAUCACAUGACUCCAAUUGGCUGCUUGGGUUUUCCGGCUAGACCCCUGAUUUGAUUGACCACUAAGAUAAGGCUAUCCAGAGGGAGGGCCCGGUCGUCAGGGUGUGCUUUGCAGCCAUAUUGAUGUUAAAGUUCUCCUUUUGUAGGACGGCAUAGCAAGCCCUAAACAGAGUGAUGGGUUUAAACAGAAAAUAUAUCUAUAUAAAGACCAGCAACUAUUCUUUGAAAAUAUUAUGUGGUAAACUGGAUCAGCAGCCUUUGGCACUCCAGAUGUUGUGGACAGCUCCCCUGAUGUAAAAACUGCAACACCUGACGUGUGUGAACUUUGUUUGGCUUUGGGUUUUGUGGUUUUGUUUAAUUUACCAAUUUUAUUUUUAAUGAAAAAUACAAUACACUUAUUGGAUGUCGGGACAGUCCCAGAGGGAAAGAUAUAUAUCACAUGAGGACAUUUUAAACUUGACACGGAGUCCAGAUCGGGGAUGCUCCUCAAGAAUCUCGUCAGUUGAUGGUAUCUGAAGCGGAGCAGCAGGUUGUGUGGGGUGUUUGGGACUAUAUCUCCCAGAGGUCUGAUAGUGCCCUGUUUGUAUACAUCUUUCAAUCUACAGGUAGUCCCAAGGCCGUAGUGUAGCGGGGGGGACAUCGCUGGGUAAAAUCGUGGGUUGUGUGAUAUGGGACAUAGUGGUGAUCGCUCUGGGGCCAUACACUACAUUCUCCUCCAGACAGUCAUAGUGGCGUUCAGAGUUGGAUGUUUACUCGGUAGCCCACAAGCCAUGUUUUUCUGUAGCCAUGGGAGGAAGGAUAGGGACGUUUGCGAGAAGCUCGCCUCUAUAGAGAUCCAGAGUUUGUUUUUCGGGUUGUGUGUCCAUUCAAUCAGUCAAUGGAGGUGAACAGCUUGCCGAUAUUUUGUCAGGUCUGGUAGUCCCAAUCCCCCAUGUUGCUUGGGUUUGGUGAGGGUAGCAAAGUUCAACCUUGCCUUCUUGCGGUGCCAGACAUAGUCUAUAAUCGUUUUACGAGUCUGUGAGAGAAACGUUUUGGGAAUGUGGAUCGGUAGAGUUUGCAGGAGAUACAGGAUUCGUGGGAGUAUGUUCAUUUUGAGUACACGGAUCCUCCCUAGCCACGUAAUAUGGGGAAAUGUCCAUGAAUCUUGAUGCGGUAGAUGUCUGACAGGUCCGCCGAUAGCCAAACCCCCAGAUAUUUGAUUGCCUCCCCACACCAUUAGAAGGGGAGCUCGGUCUUCAGCGUGGUCACCAGUGCUUGGGGGCAUCCCAUGUGGAGGAUUUCGGAUUUUGAGAAAUUGAUUUUCAAAUUGGACAGUCUUCCGUAAAUGUUGAAUUAGUGCAUAAGCUCCCUUAGGGAGGAUUCUGGAUUUGUGAUGUUAUCAGCAGGUCAUCCUCAUAUGCGGAGACUUGACUGUUCCCCCAUUGGCCUCAAAUUCCUGCUAUUUGGGGAUGAGCUCUUAUGGCACUUAGAAACGGCUCCAGGCUGAUGACAAAGAGCAGGGGUAACAGCGGGUAUCCCUGUCUGGUGCCAUUUUUAAUCUCAACACCAGAAUCCCGUUGACCUGUACUCGAGCGGCCAGGGCGAUAUACAAGGCUGAGAUCCAAGCCAUCAUGUGCGGCCCUAUGUAUUCAAGCAUGGACACCAAGAAGAACCAAUCAACCCUGUCGAACACCUUCUCCCUGUCUGUCGAGACCAGUAAGGCGGGCGAGGAUCCCUUUCGUGCAGCGUGAAUCAGGUUAAGUGCUUUGAUCGUAUUGUCCCAGGCUUCUCGUCCCUCAACAAAGGUCGGGGUUUAUGAGAUCCGGCUGUAGGGGUUGAACUGGCGCAGGAGGAGGGGUCUUUAUUUUCCUUUAGCACCAAGUCUAGUGAGCCUCCGUGUUGGAUAGUAUUGUAUAGGGCUAGCAGGUGUGGAGUUAGGGUGUCCGCGAACAUCUUCAGAACCAGGAAAAAGGGCUCAUCUUAAACCAUACAGAAUAUCUUCGGCUCCCAGAGAAGCUAUUCAAGCAGAGGUUAAAAAAAAUGCUAGAUCUUGGGCUAAUUGUGAAGUCACAAUGACUUGAGCAGUCCAAUUGUUCUUGUACCAAAACCUGAUGGUACAGUACGGUUUUGUAAUGAUUAUAGUAAACUGAAUGCAAUUUCUAAGUUUGAGCUAGUGGAAAGACUUGAGAGCUCGGUAUAUAACUACACUAGAGUUAACCAAAUGUACUACUCAAAGAGCAAAAGCAAAAAAACAAACACAUUUCCUACUCUUGAUGGCCUUUUUUGGUACUAAGAUUUGCCUUUUGGCUUGCAUGGUGCCAUUCCAAAGAAUGAUGGACAGAAUACUAAAGCCAUAAAGCCGCAUACUUGGAUGAUGAUGUGAUAUACCGUGAGGAUUGAAAAUCUCACCUUCAUAAAAGUACAGGUCCUUUUAAACUCAAUACAAAACGGUGGCCUAACGGCUAACCCCAGUAAGUGUAUGAUUUGCCUAAAGGAAGCCAAAUAUUAUGGGGAACUCUAUUGGUAGGGUACUAGUGAAGUCCUAGGUUGCUAAAAUAGAAGCCAUAAGAAAUUGGUCAAGAUCAGUAACUGUCAGGAUUACGAAUUGAUCUAGCACGUAGAAUUGUAUUACCGGGCCUUAGAACGUACCAAAAAAUAAUCAGAAUACUUGCCGAGGUCGAAUUAUAUCACACCUUACUGGGCCUUAGAAUGGCCGGACUUAACAUAACAAAGAAUAGUCAGAAUACUAGCCAAGGUCAGGGACACAGAAUGGGACACAACGAUUAAGGAAAGCCAAAUGUCAGGGAUACCAGAAUACAGGAAAGUCAAAACUAAGCCAAAGUCAAUAACCAGAAAUAAACACUCAGGAACACACUCUGACAACCACUGAGGGAAACCACGACAGGACAAUGAGGAGAAGUAAAAUUGCGUUUAAGCCCCUUACAAAUCUGAUUGGCCGAAAUCGGUCUUUGACCCCAGAACAUGCACGCCUGACGUCACACGUACGCCGACGUAGGACUAUAAUUUAGCGUGGACCGCAGCGGCCGGCGUCCAUUAACAUUUUGCAAGAGUCAGGUACACUGACGCAUGGCCGCUGAGGGCAGAUACCGCAAAGUGAGGAUGAAUAUGUUACAGUAAGUAAGAAACGGGUGAAACAUCUAGGUCUCAUUGGAUAUUUCAGUAGCUUUGUAUCCAAUUUUGCUACCAUCGGAAAUCUAUUAACUGACAUACUAAAGCUAAUGCUCCUUUAGUGGUAAAAUGGUCCCUGGAGACUGAACAAAUGAUCAGAAUGCUGAAAGGGCCACUGUAGGCGCUGUGUCUUCAUCUCAUUGUAUUUAUCAGGGCACGACUGAUGUCCUAUACCGGCAUUACUGCAGGGCACGCAAGGGAGAAAAGCAGGAAGAUUAUAGCUCCCUCGCCGCCUGCCUGCAUUCACACUCUGCAUCCUCCUCCACUGAAGGGGCUGACAAAUAACCAAGCAUCAAGACAUGUCUAGUCAUUCAGCAGCAUCUAUUGAGUUAGAAAAUUCUAGACAAAUGCUUAAGUGAAGCAUUACAUUUUAGUUGACUGUAAAAUUAUAUUUAGUCAACUAAAACUAAAUGGCAUUUUAGUCAAAAGACUAUGACUAAAACUAAAUGAAAAUUUGCUGUCAAAAUGAACACUGGGCUGUUGUGCUUUCUAUCUGAAGGCUUGUGUGAAAUUAGGUGCACCAGGCCAACCUGCGUUGAGAGUGAUUGAGUCAUUUUCUGAAUGGGAGUGUGUUUUUAAAAUAAAAAAAAAAGUAGUUGAUGUAUUCCUGGGUGAGUAUGGAUUUAUAGAGCAGUAUGUUCCCUUCUAAUGUCUCAUUUUGAAUGGAACAUAUUCUGUGUAGAUAAUAAGCUGCUAUACGAAUACAGUGGUUUUCAUGUUGAAGUUGGAAUCUGCUAGAAAUAUGAAGCUUGGUUUCCUCAAACUUGGAUAAUGCCUCAUGUGCAGAGCUGUUAAUAUUACUUUCUUUUACUUCAAUGAAUUAUGCAGGGCUUAGGCAGUGUUAUUUGUCCCUUAUUCAAAAAAACAAAACAAAGUCCACUCACUCUCUUUUGCAAUAUGUUAUGAGCGUGUAUAACACACUUUGAUCUGAAUUGGACAUAGUAGUACUAUGCAAAUAGAUGCUUUUACCUGAGUCAUGUCUUUUUUUUUUUUUUUUUUUUUUGUGGGUUGCUAUAAUUGUGAGCAUUCAUUUAUGGACAUUAAACAUGUUUCAUUGUGUUAUAGAGAACAGGGGUUUUACAAAAUGAACCUUAGGACCAGUCCACCUUAAGUAAUUUAAAUAUGGCUGCUUGACCAUUUUUCAUUUUACUAUUUUAAAAUUUUUUUUGAAGUGAUCACUGGUUUAACUAUUGCGGCCAUCUUUGCAUCAUUGGACACAACAAUUUUUUUUAAUACAGAUGCGAAUGUAAAUCUAAAUAUCUCUGUCCAGGAUGGUCAUUGCCUUUUGGACAACAAACCUUUAUCUAUAGAGCACAUUACAUGGCUCAUGUACAUAUAUGAACAUUUUGCAUCUUCUUGUUUCUUAGAACUUGGAGCUUAAAGGGACACUAUAAACACCCAGACCACUUCAGCUCAUGUAAGUGGUCUGGGUGCAGUGUCCCAGGUCCCUUAAUCAUGCAAGGGUACCAUAUUUUUCGCUCCAUAAGACGCACCUCACCAUAAGACGCACCUAGUUUUUAGAGGAGGAAACCCAGAAAAAAAAAAUAUUCUGAACAAACUGUUCCAUAGUGUUUCUUACUAUGGGACAGUUUGUUCAGAAUAUUUUUUUUUCUCCCCUGUCCCAUAAUGAUCUUUAACCCCCCUUUCCUCUGUCCCAUAGUGAUUAUUAACCCCUCCUCCCCUGUCCCAUAGUGUUCUUUAACCCCUCCUCCCCUUGUCCAUUAGUGUUCUGAUCCCAUAGUGUCCCCCCUCCCAUUGUCCCAUAGUGCACUUUCCCUCCCAUAGUGUCCCCCCUGCCCUUGUCCCAUAGUGUCUCCCCCUCCCCUUGUCCCAUAGUGUCCCCCCUCCCCUUGUCCCAUAGUGUCCCAUAGUGUCCCCCCUCCCCUUGUCCCAUAGUGUCCCAUAGUGUCCCCCCUGCCCUUGUCCCAUAGUGUCUCCCCCUCCCCUUGUCCCAUAGUGUCUCCCCCUCCCCUUGUCCCAUAGUGUCUCCCCCUCCCCUUGUCCCAUAGUGUCUCCCCCUCCCCUUGUCCCAUAGUGUCUCCCCCUCCCCUUGUCCCAUAGUGUCUCCCUCCCCAUAGUGUCCCCCUCCCUUGUCCCAUAGUGUCUCCUCCCCUCCCCUUGUCCCAUAGUGUCUCCCCCUCCCCUUGUCCCAUAAUUACUUACCUGUCUUGGAGCGUGGGCCGGCUUCACAGCGCGCUCCGCGGUCCAGGAACUUCUAUUUCAGGUUCCGGUUUCCGGCGGGACUGAAAGGAAGUGUGCACACUGAGUGUGCACUUCCUUUUAGUCCCGCCGGAAACUGGAACCUGAAAUAGAAGUUCCUGGACCGCGGAGCGCGCUGUGAAGCCGGCCCACGCUCCAAGACAGGUAAGUAAAUCUUCACAUUCGCUCCAUAAGACGCACAGACAUUUCCCCUCACUUUUGAGGGGGAAAAAAUUGCGUCUUAUGGAGCGAAAAAUACGGUAAUUACAGCAGUUUCUUAGAAAUUGCAAUAAUUGACUUUGAGUGUUAACUCCCCCUCUAGUGGCUGGUAGACAAAAGUAGAAUUGUAUCGGGUGGUUAGGUGACUUUGUCACCUAACUGACGCUGGGCAUCUUUACGUUAUCCAUUAGGACAUCCAGCAUCACCCAAAAUCCAAUAGGAAAGCAUUAUAUAAUGCUUUCCUAUAGUGAAAGUCCUAAUGCGAAUCCUGCCCAUGCACAUUAGGUCCGCACUAAGGAUCGGAGGCUGAGCUUGAGCCAGCGCCAGGGAACAUUAGCGCUGGAAAUGGGUAAGUGACAGGAAAACUUUGUACCAAAAACAUGUAACUUUUAUUGUUAUUUUAAUAUUGGAAGUGUUCAAUUCUCAUUCCUAAAUGUUUGUUUAUAUUAGGGGCUACCUUAGUAAGUGUAAUGUGCAUGCUGAACAUUUAAACUUUGAGGUGCUUUUAAAAAUAAAAAAUAUAUAUAAAAAGGUGCAGAUUUCAAUAUAAAUGCACACUUGUAAAAUUAACCUUAUUACCCCCUCACCUGGGAUGUCAGGCAACUGGUUUUGUUACUUCCGGUUUGUUUAGUUCUGUGAGAGUUAGCAGUUGUUCAGCGUAUCUGCCUUGCAAAGAUUUUUCUAAGCUGCAAUGUGCAAGCUGAUUUUUAGAUAUACCCCACUGAAGAUUUGCAUAAUUAGAUGUGGGUUUUUUUUUAUUUAUUUAUUUUAUUCAGGGUAGAUCUACUAAACAGUUUUUUCCUUUCUAUUUGGUCAGCAUGCCCUUUAAAGCCUGGUUAUGCAUUUAAAUAUUUAGCAUAUAUCAGUUACAGGUCAUAUAGUACAAUACUCCCUUUCAAUACUCUUUUCAAGCUAUUGGUUUGCAAAAUUGUUUUCGUAUGCAUUAUGUUUAAAGGAACACUAUAGUCACCUAAAUUACUUCAGCUAAAUAAAGCAGUUUUAGUGUAUAGAUCAUUCCCCUGCAAUUUCACUGCUCAAUUCACUGUCAUUUAGGAGUUAAAUGACUUUGUUUCUGUUUAUGCAGCCCUUGCCACACUUCCCCUGGCUAUGAUUGAUAGAGCCUGCAUGAAAAAAAAACUGGUUUCACUUUCAAACAGAUGUAAUUUACCUUAAAUAAUUGUAUCUCAAUCUCUAAAUUGAACUUUAAAGGACCACUCUAGGCACCCAGACCACUUCAGCUUAAUGAAGUGGUCUGGGUGCCAAGUCCAGCUAGGAUUAAGCCAUUUUUUUUAUAAACAUAGCAGUUUCAGAGAAACUUCUAUGUUUACAAAUGGGUUAAUCCUUCCUCCAAUUCCUCUAGCGGCUGUCUCAUUGACAGCCGCUAGAGGCGCUUGCGUGAUUCUCACUGUGAAAAUCACAGUGAGAGCAUGCAAGCGUCCAUAGGAAAGCAUUGUAAAUGCUUUCCUAUGCGACCGGCUGAAUGCGCGCACAGCUGUUGCCGCUCGUGCGCAUUCAGCCGAAAUGGGAGGAACGGAGGAGGAGAGCUCCCCGCCCAGCGCUGGAAAAAGGUACGUUUUUACCCCUUUCCUCUCCCCACAGCCGGGCGGGAGGGGGACCCUGAGGGUGGGGGCACCCUCAGGAGCACUAUAGUGCCAGGAAAACGAGUAUGUUUUCCUGGCACUAUAGGGGUCCUUUAAUCACAUACAGGAGGCUCUUGCAGGGUCUAGCAAGCUGUUAACAUAGCAGGGGAUAAGAAAAUCUUUAUUAAACAGAACUUGCAAUAAAGAAAGCUUAAAUAGGGCUCUCUUUACAGGAAGUGUUUAUGGAAGGCUGUGCAAGUCACAUGCAGGGAGGUGUGACUAGGGUUCAUAAACAAAGGGAUUUAACUCCUAAAUGGCAGAAGAUUGAGCAGUGAGGCUGCAGGGGCAUGUUCUAUACACCAAAACUGCUUCAUUAAGCUAAAGUUGUUCAGGUGACUAUAGUGUCCCUUUAAUAGUGGUCACCUAAUCAAACUGUGACAACCCAUGGAAUUCAUGUUUCAUGUAACUUGCCACAUCGCACACUACCACACUUGGUUCUGAUGUGACAGGGUGAACUCUACCAUCAAAAGCUGCCACCACCAAGGACAUUAUAAAUGGGCACCUUUAAUUACCCACCAAAGACCGAAUUAAAGUAACAUUUUAAUAAGACAUGUUACAGAGUGCCAAAAGGACCAAAAAUAAAUAUAUUCAAAAAAUCAUUGCCAGUGGGACUUAAACCAAACACAGAAUAUACAUGAGUGGAAAUCGCACUAGGAAUCUUGCAGUAGGUCUAGGGGAGCUCCUAGAUAAGUCUGGUCCAAUGUUGAUUGAUUAAAGCUCAAGAGGAGUUCAGUUUGAUCUGGGCUUUGGGUUUCUUCUUUUUUUUUACUUUUUCUAACAAAGUCACCUCCAUUGCCAGUUUAUGAUGCCUGGUUGAUUUAGAUUACCAUGUGCAGUCAACUCUUUGACAUAAAGGAUUUGACUAUUCUAUAUUAGGGCCCCGAAAUGUUUAUUACAGAGUUCUCGCUGCAGUAACAGCAAGGAUUCUCUAUAAUGGUCACUCCACAACAGAAAUGCUUUUCUGAUUAAAGGGGCUUUCUUUCCUGCCAGAACCAUAAAUGCUAAACACAAAACAUGUGAAAUCGUGUUGACUCUGGAUGCCAAAGAGAAGACACUGGCAACUCAGGUUAACCUUUGAUAAAAAUGGGGAUCUCUUAUUUGAAUAUCACACAUACAUUUAUUUUAUAUUUCCUGAGUUCAUCAGUUGGGGGGGGGGGGUGGAAUGGAAGUUGGCAUGGUGAUUAAGCACUGUUUGUUUCUUGCAAGUUAAAAAAAAAAAAAAUUAUUCUUAAAAGAUACACACUCUAUACACUGACAGGUUCCUUCACAAAUGCGACUAACACAGUCAACAAUCAACAUGUUACAUGUAUCAAAACACUUUUAUUAAGACCACGCUCUAGUUUCAUUAUCCUGUCUUUUUAUAGUGUGGUAAAUGUGGGUUCACAAACACCCGCAGACCAAAUGAUCAAUCCAACACAUUGCUAAAUGUGCUAGAUGACCAGGUUAGUAAUUGGGCCUUUACCAUCAAUUCGAAAUCAGCCUCUAGGGUUUCAAAAAUUAUAAUUAUCUUGGAAACUAAAAGAGAGAAACCCUUGUAAAGGUUGGACAAAAUCAUGCCCACUAUGCAUGACAACCAUUUUAUCACUAUUCUCUGUCAAGUCUGUCAUACACACUAAUCGGAUUUGAUCAUCCACUAAAUCUUCUAAAGACAGGAAUACAUCACAAUUGUAGUUUGCCAGUUCCUGGCAAUGUUAUAAAGUUAAAAUAGGGAUGGUUCUGUCUCUGAAUCCACAUUUGAUUUUUGCCUAGAACAAAAACAAGUAAUCUAGGCCGUGUCAAUUGUGGCAUAUUGAGUAUUUCAGUUUGGUUUUAAACUCUUAUUGGCAAUAUAGAGUGACAAGCAAGAUCUUUAUUGUCAGUGAUUUGAAAAGUGGUAUAGUAAAACUUGUAAAUUGAUAUGCAUGUGUCAUGAUAAUUUUUAUGGAAUCAAAAACAAAAUCCAAGCAAAAUAGACAAAAUAAUAAAGGGCAAAAAGCAAAGCAGUCUAACGAUAUAUACUCUCUUUUCCCUGUUAAUAUCAGGCCAGUGUGGUGUCACGUAUUCAUCCGCACAUAAAAAUGUGGUUAAUGGCAUUUACUGUCCUGACAGGAAAUGUUGUGCCAAGCAACAUUACUGUCCUGACAGGAAAAGUUGUGCUGGGCAGCAAUCAAAUCCACAGGAGGGUUUGUGCUGAGCAGCAAUCAUGCAAAAGGAAACCUGGUAAUUGCCUUUGGGGUCAAAGGCCGGUUACAGCCAAUCGGAUCCACAGGAGUGGUAUUUAGGCCCAGUUCUCCUCUUGCUCAGUGCCCUGUCGUGGUUUCAUGCCUAUGGUUAUCAGAGAGUGUGUUCCUGAUCUUGAUUUUUGGUAUUUGACUUUGGCUUUGUUUUGACUUCCCUGAUAUCUGGUAUCCUUGGGUUUUGGCUUUCCCUCAUCUUUGUGUCUGAUUCCAUGUCCCUGACCUCUGCUAGUAUUUUGCCUAUUCUUGGAGACGUUAAAGGACCACUAUAGUGCCAGGAAAACAUACUAGUUUUCCUGGCACCAUAGUGCCCUGAGUGUGCCCCCAUCCUCAGCGACCUCCUCCCGCCGGGCUCUGGGGAGAGGAAGGGGUUAAACUUACCUCUUUCUCCAGCACCGGGCGGGGAGCUGCUCUCCUCCUCUUCGGCUGAAUGCGCACGCGCAUUCAGCCAGUCCAUAGGAAAGCAUUCACAAUGCUUUCCUAUGGACGCUGGCGUCUUCUCACUGUGAUUUUCACAGUGAGAAGCACGCAAGCGUCUCUAGCGGCUGUCAAGGGACAGCCACUAGAGGCUGGAUUAACCCUAAUAUAAACAUAGCAGUUUCAGAGAAUAAAAAAAAGGGUUAACCCUAGAAGGACCUGGCACCCAGACCAGAAGUGGUCUGGGUGCCUAUAGUGGUCCUUUAAGUCCGGCCAUUCUAAGGUCCAGUUAUACGUUAUCCUUAGUCCUAGGUGUGACACAGUACUGUGUGCUGGAUCAACUUGUAAUCAUGUAAGAAAUAUGCUUGAAUCAUAUUGCUAUGGGGGUUGGCCCGCUAUGACCCUGGUUAGAUUUCAGUCUUUGAAUUCGAAACUAGCUUAAACUUUCAACUUAGUGGAAUUCUCCAUUGAAUUAAUAUAUGGUUGCCAGAUAAUUAUUUUUUCAUUGGAGUGCUUUUAUUGAGCAGGCUUCUAUCCAGUCCAUGUGGAAUAGGAAGGACAGCUUUGUGGUUAGUAAAGAUAUUUUAAUGGGGGAGAGGCAAAUUAAUUGGCAUAACAUGCUAUUCUGUGCUGCAGCUAGGAUCAUGUGGGUCAGUUUAGAAACCCGGCAUGAAUUCUCUAUCUCCACCCCCCAAUACUGCCAGUGUUGGAGAGAUGUGAAAAGAUUUGCCUGUAUAUGUAUUUUACUACUUGUAUCCAGAACGUUAAAUUUUUUACACAUCCCUAGGAACGUUGAUAAAGAUCUGCUCCGUCCAUCCCACACUUUAGACAGGUGGCUGAGUCCCCUUGUUUUAGCAGAAAUUGCUUUUGAGACGAGAACAUGGUGUUCUGAUGUUUGAGAGUUGUACUUAUUAGAGUUCCUUGGGUUAGUGUUGGAAAAUAUGUUGUCCUUGAUAUACCAAAUUGUGUAACUGUGUAGUCUAGGGUAGGUUGAAUUUGAGUGUAAAGUGAGCUUAUAGAAUAUGUGAUGGAGUCCCAUAAUCUUUCUCACUAGACUCCAUGUUUGGUUGAUGCGAAUAGUGGAUAAAUCCCAUCCCUCAUCUGGAAGAGAGACUUAUGGGGGUGAUGCAAGUUAAAGCCACUCCAGGACUCAACUGCUCUUCUAUAUUUAUAGCUGUGAAUUGUCCCGAACCUCAUAUCGAAUCUAAGGCAUGUCUGUAGUGUUCUGCUAAAAAAUAGUUUUAGGUUUGGUAUAUUUAAAUCCAGGUUAAAUCUAGGUUGGAAAAAUGUAUGCAUUGCUAUUCUUGCCUUUUUUUGUUUCAAAAUAAAUUUGGAAAGAAAAUGGCUUAGGAGUUUCUCAUCUGAAUGGGAGAGUAAUAUAGGCAAGGCCUAUAAAAAGUAGAGGAGUUUGGUCACUAUAACAGAUUUUAAAAUAGUGCUUCUGCCAGAGAGAGAUAAAGGAGAUGGUUUUUACCUGCUCAAAUUAUCCUUUACCACAGUAAUAAGUGGUUUGAUUUUAUAUUUGAUAUAUGGUAGAUAUUUUAGGGUGGAUGUGGACUAAAAUAUUUGAUGUGUUUAAAGUUGUCCAUGAUAAAGUGGUUGGUGACCCUAGGUGCAUUGGAGGACCCAGACCUAAUCUCAGUGCCAUCAACUUUGAUCAAUAAGGUUGAAAGCCAGCAAUCUGUCUAUCGAAAAGAGUUGUGUUCGGAAGGGAUGUGACAGGUUUGAGAGAUAAAGUAAAAUGUCUGCAAUGCCUGCAAGUUGUGUAGUGUGGGGGCCUAGUUGGAUUCCUCCAAUACUUUCUGAAGUGGAUAAAUCUUAUAGGUGGCUCUAUUGCUAAAUUAAAAAUGAUAGGUGAUAACAGGAAUCCCUGCUUCACUCCUCACAUGAUUGAGUUCCUUUGAGUCCUGGCCGUUAUUGUUUUUUGUGGAUUGUUGAGAAAUAAAAUUCCAAAGAAACAUUACUUUAAAAUCCUCAAAAGGUGCGGCCAAAAUACUUGGUCAAAAGCUCUGUGCUUAUAACUCAAUAGUACAGCUUAUUUCUUAUCCUAUAAUGAGGCUGCAGCAAUUGCUGUUCUAAUACCUUGGAUCGACUGCCUGCCUCUGGUAAAUCCCGACUGCUGGAGGUGCAAGAUUGAGGGGAGAAAUUGAAAUCUAUUAGCUUGUAUAUUAGUGAGCAGUUUGAAAUUAUUUAACCGUGUGAUAAGCCUGUAGGAGAUCUUGCACUGAAUUGUUCUAGAUGGUGUCAGGGGUUGUAUUUUUUUUUUUUUUUUUUAUCUAUGUAGACUGCAUUAAAUAAAGAUGUUAACGUACUAAUGAUGUGCCCUUUAAAAAUGUUAUAACAAUCGAUGGAGAACCCAUCGGGCCCCAGAGCCAUUCCUGAUUUUAUAACCCACACCGCCACCUCCAUCCUGAUUGGGGCAUUAAGACCUAUCUUUGCUCAAUUGUCAAUCUCUGUGGGUUUCCCCUUAAUUAGUUCCGUUCCUAACCCUGCAUCGCCCAGCAGCAAGGUAAAAAUAUUCGAGAAAUGGACGUAGAAAACAGCGUUUCUCUUUAGAGUCAGUAAUGCGUGUCUUGUCAGAUUGUUGUUUUUUGUUUUUUUUAUGUCAGUUGGUGCAGCCAUGUAUGGUAAAUUUGCUAGAUCAGUAUUGCGUAAAGUAUAUUUUUGGUUCCAUUGCUUUUUGUAAUUGGAGACAUAUGCUAUUAUUUGGCCUCAUAUUACUGCCUUUGAAGUUUGCCAGAAUAACGUUGGACCGUCCACACUGUCCAAGUUAUCAUCUACUAGAUUGGCCCAGACUUCUACCAACAUAUUACUAAUAUAAUAGUGUGGUUAGGUAUUCAGAAACCUCCACUGUGGAGUGAAAGGGAGGGUAGGAUCUCUGUUUAAGACUAAAUCAAUGGGUGCGUGAUUUGAAAUCAGAAUUGUAUUCUGACUUGUACUACCUUUGGAACCAACUCGAGUGAGACCAAAAAGAAAUCUAUCCUGGAUAAGGUGUCAAUGAGCUCGGUAUGUUUGUGUAUAGUUCCCGACCUCCAUGUUCCGUAUCCUCCAGAUGUCCAUUAGGUAGAGGCUCCUCUGGAAGUGGAGAAGUCCUGAUCCUCCUUAGUGUUGGACAACAGAGCAGACCCAGAUCUGCCUACCCUACCAUCCAUAACUGGUUUGGAGACUGCAAAGGGAAGCAAUAGGUUACGCAAUUUAUUUAAUAAAUUUAUUGUAUUGGUCAGGGUUGUUAAUGUUUGCCAGAGUGUAGCAAGUACUCUCAAGGGUAACAUCUAAGAUGAUGAACAUCCUUUUUGGGGCUACAAUUUGUGUAUGGUUGGGCUUAUUAAGCAGGAUAACUCCCCUGGAGUUUGAAUGAUAUGGGGCUGAAAUGUAUUUAGUCUUUUUUGGAGUUGGAGGUCUUUUUCCAGUGAGUCUUCUGUAGGAAUACCACUUGAAGAGUGUUUCCAGAGCUUGGAAAUUAUUGUUUUUCUUUUAAUAGAGAUGUUAAGGCCAUUAGUACUCCUGGAUAAAAUUUUAUGCCCCUGGUUAUUUACGGGUGUUGGUGUUGAGGGGUGGGACAUCAACAGGGUGAGUUGUGAUAAGGUUACAAUCAUAAUUUGCCCACUGCCCAUGUCCCAGCUAACAGGUAGGGCAGGUAGGUGACCAGAAGUUAUUAGAUCCUCAGACCAUUCUAUAUUUUGAGCAUUGCGAGAGCAUAUAUAAAUGAGUAACAUUAGUAAAAAACUAUAAAACCUGAAGAACUGUGUCUAUACUCCCGGCAAGCAAGGCAUUGGGUAGUUUGUGUGACGUAGUCUCUUUAAGUGAGUUAGUGUCACUGUCAAUUCAGGUUAAAUAAAGAGUGGUGAUCAAAGUCCUGCGCAGCAGCAGGGAGAUCAAGCUGAUAAGAAUUGUUUUUGUCAGUAAAUCAGAGUUUUGCACUGGUCAGGAGCUAUAACUUUUUUUCUCCACUAAUGUAGUGCAAAUCUGAGAGAUUUCAUGCCUUCUGGUUGCCACUUUUUUUAGUAGUCUUGGAAUGUGACAACUUUGUUUUUUGUUUUGUUUUUGUUGCAAAUUACACUUGUUUUCCUGUAUUCUAUGAGUAUAGUUUCCUUGUCUCAGAAAUUCAAGAGACAGAGAAUUCCCGUGUGGUCAGUUAACCAAAAUUUCACACAAGAUAUAACAUUGUUUUGUUUUUUUUCCAGUACCUUUCACAAACUUUUUAUUUUCGUGGUGAGUUUCACAGGCCGUAUGUGUUUUACGAUAAAACCCCCUGAUUUGUAUUAUACAAACUUUAUGCAAAAUAAGUUUGUGGGAGUUGUAAGGUGAAAUAACAGACUUCCCAGUAUGUUGUGGGAAAUUAUAGAUGUUCCCUAAUUUUGACUUGCCUUUUAGCUUUCACCCCUGUACCACCUGUUAACUAUACAGACCAGCAUCAUACCUUGAGGCCAUUCAGUAUUGGUAGGAUCUUCAUGUACUGGGAGUCUAGCAUAUCUUCAACAUGGCUCUAUGAAAAUGGGUAAUGGUGCCAGAGUGAUUGGAUGCCUGGUGCAGCCACUGGGACUCUUGCUGGAAAGCCUCUUUUUAGAGGCAUCCAGGAAUAGGCUUGAUCUGCGAGAAUUUAAACUAUAUUGGCACAGGGUAUCUGUUAUGUAAGAUCUGAUUAUAAAAAUCUGUUUGUUAAACUGAUGGCUCAUUAGUGCCUAAUUGAAAGAGUGCUCUAAUCUCAUAGAAAAAAAAGUUUCUUCAUUACAGUACAUAAUGCUUUAUAUGUAAUAAGGAAAAACUAGCACAGUGUUAGACACUGGUACAGCUGAAGGGAAGAGGAAAUUUAAUUGCUCUGUUUGUUUUCCUGGGCUCUCUACUCUUUAGCUAUUACUAAUAUAAUGUGGAUGCUAUAUUUUGCAGCUUUAUUGGUACAUCAGAAGGCAAGAAUGGAGCGACUACAUCGAGAGCUUGAGAUGCAAAAGAAGAAGCUGGACAAACUUAAAACGGAAGUCAAUGAAAUGGAAAAUAAUCUCACACGGAGACGUCUAAAUAGGUCAAAUUCUGUUUCACAGAUUCCAUCAGUAAGUUACCCUUAACCCCCAGAUUUUUAAGAAAAGAAAAGGCCCUAUUUCACUGUCAUUUAAAGGGACACUCCAAGGACUAAAACAACCAAAAUCCAAAUUGAGUGGUUUUGCUGCCUGCAGUCUGACAAAUGUAAAUACAGUGUACAUUUAUCAGUGUUCCUCUAGUAGCUGUCAGAUGAGUGGCAUUUGUAAGCAGUAGACACUGCACUAUGAUUUACAUUUACAUCUGCAUGAUUGUCGGACAUCCCUGGGUGCAGUGCAUUGUUAUAUGAACAUUCCUUGCACCAUAAUACAGCAAGGUCAUGGUGCCAGGAGUGCCAUGACCUUGUGAAAAAGUUUGCAAAUGGUUUGACCUAGGGUCUGUCGAGCAUUGGUCACCUGCUCCAGGAGUGCCAGACGUUCUCUUCACUUUAGCUCACUUGUUGAGAGCUAAAAUUCAGGGAAGCUAAUGAAACAUCUGUGUGGGAGAUUUUAGCUAUCCAGGUGACCCCAGGUAAGUUGGCAAAAAGUUUGCAAAUGAUUUAAAGACUUACACAGGAGAGUGGUAGGGCAUGUCUGGUACCAUAACCACUAUUAUGGAGCUUGGAGUGUUUCUUUAAUCCAAAUAGCCAAGUGGAAAUUUGUGUGACUAAAUAUAAAAAGUCCAGUCAAGAGGUUUCAUUGUUCAAUGAAACAGUGGAGAGGAUACAUGGUUUAGUGCAAAAGGUGCUUACCAACUUGAAUGUUCACUUCAGCAGUCUGUAGAUGUUACAGAAAUUAAAAACAAAAUUACACAAAACUGAACAUAUCUCAUGAGAAGCCAGUGAUUAAUGAGAAAAGUUAGAGAAAAAUGCCUGAUAUUUGUAGAAACUCUACAAAUAUCUGCAUAAUUUGCCUUGAGCUGAAAAUGGGAAUUAAUGGAGAAUAUUGUGGGAUUUUAUAAUCCAUAGUUAUAUGCUUAGUAAGUCACAACUGGCUGAAAUAGUUAUGGAACCUCCACCUUUUGCUGAAGAUUGGCAAUUAAAUAGCUCCUUUACUAAAAAGAGCUUUUCAAAAUGGUAUGACCACCUUUUAAGGUAACAAUGAAGCAUCUAACAAACGUUCUUAUUCGGAUAAGCCAGGGUUCAACUAACCUGUCCAGACACAUACAGAGUUUAGAAUUUUGUGAUAGCUUUACUUUCACAUACACCAGUUUAUCAGUGGUUCAGUCCUUUUUAUUGGGGUGUUAAAAUGCCAUAAUAGUGAACAUAGCAAAGCUGAAUAGAUAUUAAUUUGAUAUUAAUUGCGCAGAGUGUUUUGUGUAGGUCAGGAAAACUUUGUUAGAGAGACAAUUAAAAGUCAGCGCAGCAGCCUAGACACCGGCCAAGAAACAGCGGUUGCCCGCUCAAACAGUGAGUCUACAGACGGUGUGCAAUGGUACACCGUCUGUAGCAUACCGGCGAUUUAACCCGACUACCGUGGUCCCAGACGGCGGGUUAUACAAUUGCCGCACGUAGCUCAGACCUCCCACAAACUCACAACGGAGGUCCGCGAUUUCCCCUGCUAGAGGGGCUGCUUCGGCUCCUCUUCAACGCCAGCCACACGUACCGGGUAUACAGACGGUUGCUCGGGUACUCCGUCUGUGCCAUGAAGUAAACCCACACAACCCAACAAGUUUUCCCGUGGUAAAAAGUCACUCUAUCCACAUAUCUGUAUUCCUUUGCUAUAGCUUUACAUACGUCUUAACAAACUGUUAGCAAUUCGGGUAGUAUGAAAAUCAGUACACUAGGUGAUUAUAGAGCAACUCAACUGGUUACUCUGCAAUCUCUGGACCCCAUUAAUAUCUCACCUAAUAUUCGAUCGUGUAUUCACACUUACACUAUCCACACGAUACCCAGAUGGUAGCCUACUAACACAUACUUCAGCCCCUCCUUGGUGCAUCAUGUUCAUAUACUAUUCUGCUUACUUGGACGGUGUAUGCGGCUGGAGCCACACAUCCAUACAGUCAACACACUGAACCCACUCUCUAUUUUAAUAUACAUCCAAUAAGACGGGUACUACCAAUACGCGGCCACCUUACCUCCCAAGCAUUACGCCAGGGGCAUUGCAGAGGGACCAAAUCCUCUGUUUUCGUGCGUCUGUCCAUCCCCCCCCCCCCAUUAAGCUGUUACAUUGUUAUGUCAUGGGCAACCAGGUCACCUAUCAUUACACGUACCAAUUUGUCGCGAGUCGUUUUAGUUUACGAAGUGGCUUGCCCUCAGCUCACAGGCGGCCGUCAUUACAGCAUACAAUUCCAUUUUGCCUACCCCCGCCCCUGAGAGUCCAGCACAUAUACCAGGGAUCUUAUACUGUUCCCAGGCCUUUUUACGGCUCCCACAAUCUCGGAUGCUCAACUGACCGGAGCCACGCACAAAAAUAUAAAUCUGUUACGGCACGUCACACAGCUGGUCAACUCCUACGUCAGUUUCAGCCACGAAUAUCACAUACCACUCUACUAUAUUGCGGCAACCAGGCAACCAUUACUCACGACCUCCCACCAUAUGUUCCAAACAACCUCCACAUGCUAUCCAACACACCCACUUUACAAAUCCUCGUAGGGCCAAUCACACAUGGCAUAAUCUCUACAUUUUGGCACUUAGCUUUCAGUAAUACCACCAUGCGCAGCUUCGUCAGGCCAUCACUACAUACGUUACAUACGGCCCUCCGCGGGCUAUCGUUACGACGCUAUUACGGCCCCUCACUUGGGCAAUAACAUACUACAGCGGGAUCAUUAGACCCACUCAAGUCCUCGUAGAACCCUCUCCACACUACAAUUAUGGGUACAGUCACAGGCAAUUCUUGCAUAUCUUAUCUUGCUUCCUGACAUUAAAGUUAAGACAUGGGUCGAAUACUGGCUUCAGCUCCUUCGGGAAUACCUCUAUAUGCAGCCCUCAAUAGGUAAUCACUGCCUACGUAACAUACGGCCCGCGGUGGGCUUUUCUCUACGACAAUAGAACGGCCCCUCAUCCGGGCUCACAUACAUCCAGGGAUCCCUUGGACCCACUAAAUUCUUUGCACGUCCUUCUCUCUCUGCAUUUCUAAGUUCAGUCGCAGGUUUAAGGAAUCUCUGUAGUUCACGUAGUGUCGUCUUUAAAAACAGGCGUCAGGUCCUCCAGAAAGCCUUGUAUGCGACCCUCACUUGGUUGGCACUUCCUACGUUACAUACGGCCCUCCACGGGCAAUCCACGUUAAAUCCGCUCCGGCCCCUCACUCGUUACGAUUAUACAUACUACUGUUGCUUUAUUUGGCUCUCUGUCACCCAUGAGCCUCUCUCUACUCACACCUAAGAGUCCAGUCACAGACUCUCAACGAAUCUCUGACCUAUAUCCCUAUAGUAAACCAGAGACAUUGUUCAACUAAAUAUCUCAGGUCCUUCAGACAUACCUCUAUACGCGGCCCUCAUGGGCCACCUCUUCCCACGUUCCAUACGGUCUUCCGGGGGCGAUUCACCCCAGACACGAUUUCACAUACGACCAAGGCCUCAGUGAGUCUACUCAGUUCCACGUGCGACCCUCUCUCCGCAUCGUUGGGUCUAAUCGCAAGCGCUUUUGUAUCUUAGAUGCGUUCCUUGGCAGCAAAAUAUAGGAUUCGGGUAACACAAGUUCGGGUCCUUUGGAAAUGCCUCUUCACACGACCUCACUGGGCCAUCAGUUCCAAUAUGCGACCACGGACUCACGCAUGGGAGAAUUCUCGAAGCCGGAACGUUGCUGCCUAUACAUAAUCUCUGUGGCAGUCACGGAGUUCCAAAAUGAAGGUAUGUACCAUCUCAUCAGGCGUCAGACAUUUGGGGCCAAGAUUAGCCCCGAACAUUAGACAAGUCCACAAAAACACUACGCGAGCACUUCCAAAUACGUGAAUCACAGCCUAGUAGCAAUACGCUACCCCAAUGAUUUCCUCCAGAUCGAGGUUCCCAACAGUUCCCUUCAAAACAUCAUCGACACCGUGGCAGUAUACGCCUCAUCAGGAGUCUUCCCUACCUGGCGAGAAAUAGGGCCUUCCACCCAGCUAACCUUUAGGUAUCCUCCUGGACUCAACCACCAGGCUAGCAAGGUUAACUGACGAUAAAGUAUAACGCAUCGACGAGUGAUAGGGUCUCACACGUGAGUAACCGCUCCCGCAAGGACCUGCAAUCACUACUUGACUCUCACAUUUGCAUUUCGCGCAAUGCCACUGGGCCGCUCAAUUUGUACUGCGACUACCUCACCUCCUACCAGAGGCUCCACAUGAAUGACACUGCCUCUAUUGGCUCUCACGCAAACGGACCAUUGAGAUGGUGUUGGAUUCUUAUGUAUCGAAGGGAUUUCUACGUUCAUCCCCCCACCGGACGUAGUAACACUGGUUACGGGAAUCGAUGAAGCAGGCCAUUCAGUAUUCACGGCCUUACGCCAAGAUUGGUGGUUCCGUGACCUAUGGCCCACCGACUCCCUGACACUUCUAGCCGCCUGCAUCACUUGUCACACUAUUCCGACAUUUAACCCAUAAGUUGCAGCAGAUCACGCCUGGGGUUCCUGACGGGAAGGCAAACCAUCACAUGAUCUCCAAUAACAAGUCGCUCGCGUAGAUAUAAAUUGAGGGUGUUCUCCCUCACGGGCACUCAUUAGGGGAAUCAUCUAGUUGGCGGUGUCACAUAAUUCUGUAUGGUAAACACACAUGUACCCAGAUGGUAAUAUCGCGGCCAACGCUCUAUCUCAUUUAAACGUUUAGCAACGCCUCGUGGCAGACAUAUAAACAAUAUACACCCAAUCGGAGGUCCAGUUCUAUCCGAACCAUGAAAGUAGAGUCCAGCAGUAUGGUGGAUGCAUUUAUUGAAAUUUUUUUUGUCUCUUUCUCACAGAGAGACAAAGCAAAACACACCUAAUCACAAUAUAUACAACAAAUCACUCGCUACGGCAUAUUCAUGGACUACAUAACGACCCGGCUACGACUAUAGGCUAGGUCCCGUUGACCGUUAUAGGUCAAUCCCCCUAAGAUCGGUGCCACAUAUGUUGCUUCCAUCAGGUAAGUACCGGCACUCCUUAAUCAAGGAAUUACGUAGAUGGGAAUCAGCUGCUUACAAAAAGUAAAUUCCAUAACCUAAGAAAGAACUCAGGAAGCCUUCACAGAAUGAGUCAGGCAAUCGAUAUCAGCAUUAUAGCGUUACGAUUAAAUCUUUUUGCCCUCAUUUAUUUCAGGUCUACCAGAUCGUCUGUUUAGGCACACCACAACACACUCUCAUACAUAGCCAACGGUGUUAUGUAUGGCUUAUUAUCCCCGACUACAAAAAAAAAAAUAUAUAUAUAUAUAUAUAUAUAUAUAUAUAUAUAUAUAUAUAUAUAUAAUAUUAUGCUAAGUUUGCAAGGUUUGUAAGAUAUAUAUUUUUUUUUAAUCUUUGAUUUUGAACAAUAUAGCAAAUGUAAGAUUUAAAAAUACAAGGCUGUAUUUGUUUUUUGUUUUUUUUUAUCUACAAGCAAGUUAACAUAUUUCCCCACUUUUUUUAAGCUAGAAGAGAUGCAACAGUUAAGGAGCUGUAACAGACAACUGCAGAUUGAUAUUGAUUGUCUCACCAAAGAAAUUGAUCUGUUCCAGGCCAGAGGUAAGACCAGGAGGACUGAAAAUAUUUAACUUAUACAGCUUGUAUUAACCACAAACUACAAUAGUUUUAAUGAACUGAGUUAUUUAGCAGAUAAUAUGACUGUAGUAUUUUUAGCGCAGUUUUUUUAAAAAUGAUUUAACUCUUGCCAAACAAUUUAUAUACAAAAAUUCCCAUAGACAGACAUUUCUGUUGAGUUGCAUAGAUUAUUUGGAAAGUGUUUUUUUUUUUAUGAGAUUUGAAUAAUUUGAAAAUUAGAUCCAAAAACAUUAGUCCAUAGUUUGCUGUAUAGAAAUCACUAAUAACUUUCAAAGGAACACUCCAUAAACGCAAAGCAAUUUAGUGCCUUCAAGAAGCCCCCGAUCUCUCCCAGUUGAAAGUGCAUGUCCACCUGGAGCCCCACCAUUUCCGGCUGUGUAAGUGAUGAGAUGUACAAUAUUUUGGGGAAAUAGUAAUUUUCAAAAGUAGAGUAGCUGCCAAAAUCUUAUAUUGGAUCCACUAAAUUAGGUUUUGAAGAUGUGCAUUCAGUGUUACAUAAUUGUCACCCAGUAUAUUCUCCCUCUGAGCUGUAAUGUGGGUGCCUAAGGAAGUGAGGGCUUGUGCCUGCCAUCUAAAGGGAAAGCUACAAAUGUAAUACAGUGCUAUCAUAUACCCAGGAAAGCUAGUCUGUAAGUGAUGCACCGGUUUUAUUAAGUGCUUCACAUUUAGAAUAGUUAAUUUUAAAUCCAGAGUGGGCCCCAAACUCAUGCUGCAUACAAUACAAAUUCGGCAAAGAAAUUGUGAGGUUGGUCAGGGCAAGAUCAUAAUCAUCUGCAGAUAAGCUCAGUUUGUAUUCCUUUACCCCCUGACAAAACACACAUAUAUGUGUGUGUGUGUGUGUGUGUAUAUGUGUAUAUGUAUGUAUGUAUGUAUGUGUAUAUGUGUGUUUGUGUAUGGAUAUAGAGAGAGAUAGAUAUCAGGACUCUCCUAUCUUAAGAGUCAAGGGAUUGAUAGCAUGAUUAGCAAUGUGAGUAGAGGGCAUCCCGGCUGAGUCCCAUUCCCAGUAAUAUCCUCAAACCCAUAGAUCUGUAGGGUAGCCAACAAAUAGAUACACCCGGUCAAAGUCCUUCUCAGCAGCCACUGAGAGAAGCAUUGCACUUGAAGUCUUGACUAAGUGGAACAAUUCCACAAUUCUCAUUCAUAGACAUUCAUAUUUUUUUAAUGUUUCAUUAUGACAGUUGGGGAAAAAAAAAGUAAAUGGUACAACAACACUGGAAACAAGCUAACAAAACACAGUAAGCAAUAGCCCUGCAAGCAAGCUUACAAUUUUGUGGAAAGAACACAUUUUCCAUUUUGAUAACUUUGUAGGUAACUGUUCUUUUUAGAAUCUUAUGUUUACUGUUCAUAACUGCAAAAUGCAAUUAAAACACCUAUUGUUUUUGUGUUCCAGGACCACAUUUUAAUCCUAGUGCUAUACAUAACUUCUAUGAUAAUAUUGGAUUUCUAGGUCCAGUGCCACCAAAGCCUAAAGGUACAGUAUCUGUUGGAAAUAAAGUUUAUUUCCGCGUCUAACGCCUUUAUUUUUAUGGGAUAUUUUAAAAGCAGUUUGAAUUAUAUAAUCUAUACUAUUGUAUACAGUUGUUAGAAUGUACAGUGCAGCAUCUUGAUUUAUUUUUGCACUUUAUAAUAUGCUUUGUAUUGUAUUUGUGAUAGAUAUCCAUAAUGCAAAGCUGUAGGAACAUGUCAUAAUAACGAUGAUGAUGAUGAACAUUGGUGACCUCCUAAUCUAUUACUCAUAUGAAAUAUUAAAAUGUCUGUCAGCAUAAUAAAAUACUUUGUUAUUGUUGUGUUCCAGAGAUCUGAUCUAAAAUCUGAAUGAAAGAUUUAAAAAAAAUAUAAAUUUUUUUCAUAGCUUCAGCUGUAAAAAUAAUUCAUGUGGGGCCAAUGGAUCAAGAGGUCUGGUUUCCAUAAAGGGAGUAUGGGGGAGUAUGGUGCCUGAUCUUAAAACACCAUUCCCCACCCACAAUUUGCUUUUGUAGUACAAGAUCCUGCUAAUUAUUUUGACAUUGCUAAACAUUGUGACUGCCUUAUUUAAAAAGUAGAAUGUGUUUUCUAAAUAUUACAUUGUUUCCUUAAAAGAUUUUAUUUUUGUUUGUGCAGUAGAAGCCCUGCUUAAAUUUAGCUUAAUGAUGCAGUUUUAAAAAUCACUGUUAAUGCAGCCCUAUUUAGUAGAUCCUGAAUACAUAUCCACGUUGAAAUACUUUAGUUCCCGUACCGACUUUUGAAGAAAGCUGAUAUCUUUGGCAACUAGAAAAAUUUAUUCAAUCACCGUCCUCUUCCCUGCUUAUUUGUACAUCAUCAAAAGAAUUUGCACUGAGCCACCGCCUUUCCUUAUACUUCCUUUUUAGGUGGCCAAGUAAGAGUUGGACAAUCUAAUUUUUAAUUAAAAAAAUAAAUAUGCAUAAGCUAGUCAAAAACCUAUGAUACUUGCCACAAUAUUAGAGAAUUAUAGUGGACUAUAUCUUUUGCAACGUAAAGGUCAUAGAUCAUUAUAAACACAAUUUCAUAACUGCUUAUUCUUCAGAUGUACAAAUUGUUGUUUAAUAUUAUGCUAUGACCUAGGUUCAAGAUAGGUCGAUUGUCCACAUGGUUUAGCAGCCUUAUUUAAAAAGGUGGGAUAAACAUCCCACUUGUGCAUCCCCUUUAUGGGGAAAGGGUACUUUUGGCGUAAUAACCACUACAGCUGUAGAGAUUAUUAUGCUAGUAGUAACCCUUUUAAUGUUUGUUUUUAUGCUAUGUUCAGUUGUUGCAGGCUAAGCUAUUUACUUACUUUUCUAGACUAUUAUUAGAGGUUAACUCAGCGGUUCUCAAACUGUGUGCUGCUGCGCCCUGGGGACAGGCACACAGGGGCGCAGCAGAAUGUUUCCCUGGUGCUAUGAUUAUAGCACCGGGAAACAUAACUGCUGAACAGGGGCCCGGUCGGGUGCCGCUGUCCUCGAACACCCCGCCUCUGUAACAUUGACCGGCUGUCAGGAAGUGACAGCCUGUCACUUCCUCCCAGCAUCAUGCAGUGAGACCGCUGCAGCAUGAGGAGAGAGGUGCACUCCAUAUUUGCUCCUGAUUCCCAGCAGCAGCAGCAGGACCAGGACUCCAAGCCACCUACCUGGACACACAAGGUAAGCUAACAGGAGGGUGGCUGGAGAUAUUAAAAAUGACACAUGUGUCUGGUUGUGCAUCUGUGUGUGUGUGUCUGGUUGUGCAUCUGUGUGUGUGUGUCUGGUUGUGCAUCUAUGUGUGUGUGUCUGGGUGUGGGUGUGUGUGUAUAUAAAUGUAUGUAAGACACAAACGCACGCAUCCAAGCAGUCAUAUACAUGCUUCUGCAGUGGUCUCUCUUCUGGCUGGAGUUGGGUCUGAACUGUCUUCUAGUGGCUGCAGCUCCGCGCCUUAAGACUCCACCGCUGCUGGCUUGCUUGUGACUCUUAUUGCCCUGAGAGUCCUGACUGCCGACCGCCUGUGCUGCUCUGUAGGUUUUCUUAUACGGAGGGCAUUCUGACACUGUGGCCUGGUCGAUAGCUUAGCCAGCCCAUGACCACAACCCCAGCACUGCCGCAAAGUAUAAAGUAAAUCACUGAAGUUCUAACAGCACAGCAAGAGGUGUUAAAGCGCCAGAACUUCAGUGAGCAUAAUCCUGAGAGCCCAGCAACCACAGCUCAACCUCCCUCUCAUGAUGCCACUGACUUGUUAGAAUUUUGGGCGGCCUCAUAGCCCACCCCGGCGGAGGGGCCGAUCAGAGUGAUGAUCUUUCCCCCAAUGGUAAUUAUCCUGGUAGAUUAUGACAGGGGCGGCAAAUGGCCGCCCCUGUCAAAGUGCCCCCUGGAGCCAUAGUCCCACCAGGACGGGCGGCCCUGCAAGCACCCAUUUAAAUGGCAAAACUGUAUAUUACACUAUAGCGUCAGUAAAUACCGCAGCACUGUACAGAUAUACAACCUAGAAAGUUUGCCUUGGAAAAAAAUAUUAAGGGUGCCUUGAACCUAAAACGUUUGGGAACCACUGGGUUAACUGAAUGUAGACUUUUGCAAACUCUGUGCUACUUAGUUGCACCUGUAGAGAAAGCAGAAAAAUCUGGACAAAAAUUCCUGCUUUGAAUUCUUGUUACCACUAUAAAGUGUAUUGUGGCUCCUCUCCCUCUUCGCCCCCAAAAUGUUCGCACAUUAGUUGUAAGCUCUCCGCUGUUUCUAAAGCCUUCAGCAGAGCACAGCACAAAACCCAGAUACUUGAUAUACUAUUUUCCAUUAGUACCUCAUGGAAGAGCAUUGGCUCAGAAAGUGAAAUUUGUAGCCAAGUAGUUUUUUUUUUUUUUUUUGCAGCUUCCCUGUUAUUGUACUUUUAUUUUUAGAAAUAAGGUUCACAAAAAUGUACUUCACUUACUGUAUUUGUUUAUUUCAAGUGGAUAAUGUAGCAAUUUGUCUUCAGUCCUGCUCAUGACAUAUAUAGUCUGUAUGUCUGUGUAUUAGGAGAACUAGUAAUAAUCCAUAAAUAAUUUUGUCCUCCAAAAUUUUGUUUACCCAUUUUAUUUAAUAUAUAUUUUUUUUUUUUUAGUACCGACAUAUUUUAUGAUAUUGUAUAAUAGGUAUAGAAAUGUCAUAAGAAAAAAUUCUUGACAUGAAUAACAACUAAAAAAUUAGGCCUUGUUUAACUUUAGUCAAGAUAAAUUAAAGUGCAACUAUAGAAAGCAUGAAAGUGCAAUAUAUAUAAAUGACCGAAUGUAUAAGGAGAUCAGAUAUAGUAACUCUGUCCAAAGUUAUGAGGUGAAGCCAAGGUUAGAUUAAUGCAGGGUGAUUUAACAUUGGAAGUUUCUUUUCCUAAAUUAAUUUUUGAACGAUUUUUAAACUUGUGAGUUAGUUGCAGAUACAAAUGGGGGAAACGUGUCAUGGACCAGGCAGACUAACUAAGAAGAUGUGUAUUUUUAAAUGAAGAUUUAUAAUUUGAAGUAAAGGCUUGGUGAUUUGUAAAAAUGUUGAUUUUAAAGCUGACCAUGUGUAAGGAUUGACCCAAAAAAGCUGUAGGUUAUAAUGUGUGUAGUAGUGAUUCAAGUACCAGACUUUCAGCAGUGUUCAUUCAGACAAUAGGAGCAUGCAAAAGUCGUGAAAUGUUGAUUAUAGGAAUGUGGAAAGAAAACAAAUGUGUUUAAAAAAAAAAAAAAAAAACUGUUUUGGGUACAUCCUGUGUUAAAAGAAAAAAAAACACAUGUUUUGGGAGGUAUUCAUUCUUAAAUUGCCAGUAUUUACAGACUGGAUAUGUGUAGCCAAAAGAGGGUCAUGGUCAAAGGUAAUGCAAAGCCAUCUUUGUAGUAAGGUAAUGUUAAUAGAAAGAAUCCGAACUAAGACUGACAUUGACAAACAAGUCUACUCCAGGCUAGAAAGGGAUUUGCAUCAGAGGGCGAAAGGAUUAAAAAUCACUUAAUUUACCGUACAAGCUGCAACCACCAUAACAUUUUAAAAAAGGGAAAAUCCUAGGUUUACCCCAAACAAAUUUGAUUUGGGAAAAAAAAUACAAUUUAGCAAAAAUUUCUAUGAAACCACAGAAUUGUUGUACAAGUAGCUUUGUUAAUGUUAUUAUUGUACCAAAUGCAGAACUUAAUAAAGAGACAUUUAUUAUGAACCAGUUUUCCAAGCAAUUUUCCAAUUAAUGCUGUCCAAACUUGUAAAAAAAAAUGUACAAUGCGAUAUAAUUAUGUACAAAUACUCCUAUUCUCUUUAACAGGCCAGAUCAUCUUGGUGAAUCCAAGCAAAUUGAGACCAAAUAUGAUAUACAUUGUGAAUAUAUAUAUAUUGCCCCAAAAAUAAAAAGGCAUCUACAAACACUGCCCAAAUUUUAAGUACAGUAUAUGACCCUUUGUCGAAUUUACAAUUUAUUUUACACGUUUUGUGUUUCUCAAUCUCCAUCUGGCAGCUUGGGUCAUAAAAAGUAACAAAUGGCACCAACAUUAUCACCCCUGUUGUAAAUUUCUCAAAAUUACUUCAUCCAGUUUUGUGUCUUUUUCAGAGGUCAUAAACAUGAUAAAACACCACAAAUGAUACUGAUAAAAAAAAUAAUUGUGCAUCACCUGCAUAUUUUAAAUUUGUACCUGCAUAAAUACAGGGUAAAGUCUGAAACACAAUACCUAUGUUUGCUCAUUUGCAUGUCCAGCUGGGAAUUUUAAAAUAGUUGUGAAAACGUGGAUUUAUGGAAUUUCUGUGGCCAGGGUAGACUUUGAGAUAUGCAGGUAAUGAACAACAGUAUUUAUUUAUUUAUAUAUUUAUAUAUAUGUAGUGUGCGCAUAUAAUUUUAUUUUUUUAUUAUUGUAUUUGUCUGAAUUUCGUAAAAUGACUUCUUACAAUGCAUUUAUCUUCAUGCUUCAAAUUUCUGUGAAGUGGUUGUUUUUUAAGCUUUUCAAUAUGCAGCUAUAGACAGGUUAGCAUGUUUUGUGUAUUUUUUGACAAAAAGUGAUUCAGUAAUGUUUAAAACUAAAUAAUGUUAUGUCUUUAUUUCCCUUUCUCAUGCAUUUUCUUAUUUGCAGAUCAAAGGUCCAUCAUUAAAACACAGAAGAAUGUGCCAGAUACAGAAGAAGAUGAGGGGGCACAGUGGAAUUGCACUGCAUGUACUUUUCUAAACCACCCUGCCUUAAACCGUUGUGAACAGUGCGACAUGCCCAGGCAUUACUGA